CUCAAGGUGCUGUACCACUCUGUCAGACACAUCCAAUGCAAACGCUAUUUACUGGUUUUCUCAGUUCACUGCCGGGGGAUGAACUCCUGAGGAGCGAAUGAAGAAACAAAUUUUGCUUUUAUUCACAUUCAGAGGAUUAGUAAGCAAAGGGAAAAAGAGUAAAAAGAGAAAAUGGCCAGUUUUAUAUUACGGAAAGCUGAACCCAACGACGUGUCCGAUAUCCUGCGACUCAUAAAGGAACUUGCUAAAUUUGAAGAGAUGGAGGAGAAGGUCAUGCUGAGUGAGAAAGAUCUACUUGAAGACGGCUUUGGGGACCAUCCUUUCUACCACUGCCUGGUUGCUGAAGUCCCAAAGGAGCAGAGCUCUGAAGGAUACACUGUGAUUGCGUUUGCCAUGUACUACUUCACGUAUGACCCUUGGAUCGGGAAGCUUCUCUACUUGGAAGACUUCUAUGUCAUGCAGGAGUUUCGUGGUUUUGGCAUUGGUUCACAAAUCCUGAAGGUUCUGAGUGAGACUGCAGUGAAGACUCGCUGUAGUGGCAUGCACUUCAUUGUGGCAGAAAACAACACAAAGUCUAUUGAGUUCUACAAGCGAAGAGGAGCAGCUGACCUCUCGUCCGAGGAGGGCUGGCGUCUUUUUGAGAUUGAAAAGGAGGAACUGCUGAAAAUGACUGCCAAAUAGAGUUUACAGUGAAAUGACUUGUACUUUUAUGACUUGACAUGAAAAUAAUAAUCCUGUUUUGUUUGAUCAGUGACACAGACUUAAUAAAUACAUUUAAAAAUCAACUGUUACCUUUAAUAAUGAAUUGUUUCUGUAACUUUCACUUAUCAUAAAUGUAUAAAGAGCUUUGUUGGUAAGUAAAUGAACAUAUAAUAGGAUAACUAUGCUAACUAUACCGCUGGCAGGCCUGUAAAGGUAAAAUCUGUCAAUGAUUUGAGAAAAAGUCACAAAAACUAAACACAAUCUGUGUAUAAGUAAAAGUCCUGUACUGAAAAUGUUCUUUAAGUUGAAAACAAAUGAUCAGCUACUUGUAUUGAUCACAAUUAUGUAAGUGUCACAAAUAAAGGACUCAAUAUACAGUA